AUUGAUGAUGAUGAUGAUGAUCAACCGUUGUGUUAUGUAACAGGACAAACAUUUCAUUUCUUUCACUCCUUCUUUAUCCAAUCAAUCGUCAUGUCAUCAUCAUUAUCCGAAAAUAGAAUUCCCAGAUACAAUGAUGAUGAUUGAAUCGAAUCAUAAGAUAAAUCAAAUGAAUUGAAUAAAUCUUUACACCCAUAAAUGUGAUAUAAUAUUUUAUGAUCCAGAUGAUGAUGAUGAUGAUGAUGAUGACCGUAACUAACGGGAUUUUAUUUUAUUUUUAUUUUCUUGUUGAUGGUGGAUUUUUGUUUUUAAUUGAAUUUAACCAUUCGGUUAUAUUCGGUCAUGUGCAAAUUGUAUAUGAUGCAGAAGAAGAAAAAAAAGUGAUUUUCAAAUUCAUUUCGUUUCGUUUCGUUUCAUUUCGAUUGGUACAUGGGUGUUGAUCUCGAUGUCUAUAAUAAUAAUAAAUUUGAUGACAUCAAUUUCUUCGUUCAAGAAAAAAAAGUCAAAUGUUAUAAAAAGUUGAUGCAAUACGUUUCGGAUGGAUAAAAAGUGGCAAUCAAUCCACAGUCUUGUAUCGUGGGCAUCGACAUUGUAUUUUGAUGGUUUAAUAAAAUGAUUAAAAACAUGGACCACUGUCAUUCAUUUUCUAUAUUUCAUUGAUUUGUGAAUUCAAACAUUUGACAUAAACAAAUCCAUAAGAAAUGAUCAAUAAGACAAUCAUCAUCAUGAUGAUAAUAGCCAUCAUGAUCAUAAUGGCAAUCGAUGUUAUUGAUACAUUAGAUUGUGAUGAUAUUAUCAUACGAAAACCUGCACGUUUUGGUAAACGUUUCCUUUAUAAUGAUAAUAAUGAUGAUGAUUCCAAUAUGAUAAUGUUCGAUAAUGGCAAACGUGAAAUGAUUCAAUCACAUCCAUGUUUUCGUCUUGUACGACGUUCAUUGCCAUCAUCAUCACCAUCAUCAUCGGCGUUAACAACAAAAAUGAUCGAUGAUAAUAAAUUUGUCGAUCAUGAUGAUAAUGAUGAUCAACAAAAUAACAAUGGCUAUUACGUAAACGAAUAUGAAAUGGGUGUGCCUAGCCCAAUAAACCAGAUGAAUAAUGAUGAUGAUAAACAACAACCAAUCAUCAUUUAUAAACAACAACAUUUGUUGACACAAGCAAUGCAGAUAAAAUUACCGAAAAAAUUACGUUUAAUAAUGAAAAUUUAUUCAAUUCUUUAUGGUGGU